AUGUCUCUCACUGGGUUCAUCGGCCUCGGCAACAUGGGCGGUCAUAUGGCGAGAAACUUGCUGAAAAACGGCAAGAAGCUCAUCGUCUAUGAUGUCAACAAAACCGUCGUAGAGCAGUUCAAAGCGGAAGGCUGUCAAGUUGCCACGCAUCCAGCAGACAUCGCCGCCGCUUCUAAGCAAAUCGUGACGGUGCUGCCGAGCUCACCACAUGUGAAAGCAGUCUAUCAGGGGGAUAAUGGAAUUUUCAAAACCAUCCAACCAGGAACUCUCUGCAUGGACUCCUCCACCAUCGAUCAAAUUGUAACUUUGGAAGUUGCCCAAGCCGCCGCACUUCUCAAGGCUGAAUACAUCGAUUCUCCAAUUUCCGGAGGCGUCACUGGAGCUCAACAAGCCACGUUGACAUUUAUGGUCGGCGCUGGAAACGAUGCGACGUUCGCGCGAGCCGAAGCCGUGCUCAGUCUUAUGGGAAAGAAUAUUGUGAACCUUGGAGCUGUUGGAAACGGAACUGCCGCCAAGAUUUGUAAUAAUAUGUUGCUUGGUAUUCAGAUGGUCGCCGUGGCGGAGACGAUGAAUUUGGGAAUCUCAAUGGGUCUCGACGCGAAAGCUCUCGCAGGCAUCAUCAACACCUCUUCCGGUCGAUGCUGGUCAUCGGACACCUAUAAUCCAGUUCCAGGGGUUAUUCCAAACAUUCCGUGUGCUAAGGGCUACGCCGGCGGUUUCGGAACAUCCCUCAUGGCUAAAGACCUCUCCUUGGCUCAAAACGCCUCGACCAACACCCAGGCCCCAACUCCGAUGGGAUCGUUGGCUCAUCAAAUCUACCGUAUCCUGGCACGCGACCCAACGUACCAGGCCAAGGAUUUCGGUGUCGUCUAUCAAUUCCUGAAGAAGCAGAAUGUGUGA